GCGCCGCUCGCGGAGCCACAGAGGCUGCGCAAGACGCUCCGGGAUCAGGGAAUGGCGACGACCAUGGAGAUCGACGAUGACGAGUGCGAUCUGCCGACCUCCAGCAGCGGCAAAGGCGAGAAGAAGCGCUUCGAGGUGAAGAAGUGGAACGCGGUGGCACUGUGGGCCUGGGAUAUCGUCGUGGACAACUGCGCUAUUUGUCGCAAUCACAUCAUGGACCUCUGUAUCGAGUGCCAAGCGAACCAGGCGUCGGCCACCAGCGAGGAAUGUACGGUAGCGUGGGGCGUAUGCAACCACGCCUUCCAUUUUCACUGCAUCUCACGUUGGUUGAAGACACGGCAGGUCUGCCCACUGGAUAAUCGCGAAUGGGAGUUUCAAAAAUAUGGACAUUAAACGGUCAAUCGGAUGUCUUCAUUUGUACAAGUCACUCGUUGUUCGCCCAUUUAUGCUAAAAGGACUCAAACUGGAAGAUUAUUUUUUCACAAAAUGUGAUCUUCGUAUAGAAAAGCGACGAGUGUACAAGCGAAGAUAGGAAAGUGAUAAAAGUUACACAAUUAAAAUAUACCAGGUCUUACGUUAUUAGCAGAUGAAAUUUCAGUCAGUAGGUGUAAUAUUAAUUGAGGUACAGCUUAUAAUUUUAAAUUAAAAUAUGUAAUUCAUAGAUUGUAAGCUUUGUAUAAUAAAUGAAGAUUGGAGGAUGCCUCUAAUGAUGAUCCACGUCAUCUCUAGCGUGUUUAAAUCGCAAUCUCGCUGAAUCUCGGAGCAGAA